ACUACAACAAAGAGAAGUGUAGGAGAAGAAAGUUCUCAUUUCAUAAAUGUAUCAAAUUGUAAAAAGGAAAAAAAAAUAAGAAAGAAAUGGAGAAAGAAGGACUCGGGCUUGAGAUAACGGAGCUGAGAUUGGGUCUUCCGGGGAGAGAUGUGGCAGAGAAGAUGAUGAAGAAGAGAGCAUUCACUGAGAUGAUCAUGACGUCUUCGGGUAGUAACAGUGAUCAAUGCGAAAGCGGUGUCGUUUCAUCUGGUGGUGACGUGGAGAAAGUUAAUGAUUCGCCGGCCGCGAAAAGUCAAGUCGUGGGGUGGCCGCCGGUUUGCUCUUACCGUAGGAAAAACAGCUGCAAGGAUGCUUCGACGACGAAAGUGGGGUUAGGGUAUGUGAAAGUGAGCAUGGAUGGUGUGCCUUACUUGAGGAAGAUGGAUCUUGGUUCGAGCCAAGGUUAUGAUGAUCUAGCCUUUGCUCUUGAUAAGCUCUUCGGUAUCCGUGGCAUCGGUGUGGCCUUGAAAGAUGGUGAUAACUGCGAAUACGUUACCAUAUAUGAAGACAAAGAUGGAGACUGGAUGCUUGCCGGAGAUGUACCUUGGGGGAUGUUCAUAGAGUCAUGCAAGAGGUUGAGGAUAAUGAAAAGAUCGGAUGCUACCGGGUUUGGGCUGCAGCCUAGAGGAGUAGACGAGUGAUGAUGAUUUGAAACAAGAGUCAAGGAGCUGGUUAAUUAAUUUAACCUUAAACUUAAUUAAUCAUCAAGAUCCUUUAGAACAUUUUUCCUAUUCAUGUUAUAUAAAAUAUAUGUUAUAGUAUAUUAUUCUGCGAAAUUUCAAGUUAUGAUUUGCAUAAUUAUCUUCAGAAAGACAGCUAUAUAUAUAUAUGUAUACACUACUUGUUUCUUGAGUGUUGAGUUAAGACAUUAAUUUGUUUCAACUUUCUUGUUAAGGGAUCGAUAUAUAUGUGUAGGAAACAUAUAUAAUACGAAUCCAUUAUUUCCUCA